ACUCUUUUUUUUUUCUUUCUUUCUUUUUUUUUUUUUUUUGUAUGAGGCUGUACUUUACAUUAUGGACUAAUGGCUGACACCAAAUAGAUGAGGAAAUGAUUUGCAUUUUAGUGAUGAAGUGCUUUUGGUUUCUGAUCAAAUUAUAGUCAUAUCAUCGAGCUUUACUAUGAAUAUUCCAUUGCUGCUUUUAAUAGGGGGUGUUUGGUGAUGAUGUCAAUUUCUUUGAAGAUUUACUUCAUUCAGCUGUCUGAAGAUUGGAUUUGAUGAAUGCAGCAUCCUUUUUUCUUUCCAGGGGUACCUGUCAUGUUUUUGGCAAAUGAUACAAAAGAUGAUAGUUUUGUCAAAUUAUUUCAACAGUAGCUGUAUAUCUUCCCCAAAUAGGACCAUCAUUAAAUAUUCUUGAACGUUAUUCAUGUUUUUGUGCCUCAAAUUUUCAGAUCUGUCGAGACAUGAACUGAAGUGCUCUCCUUGGAAGCCAAGAAACCAAACUGAGACAUUGUAACACAGUGAUGACUGCACAAACGUGGAACUUUAUGUUUAAGGCAGGCCCAAGCAAAAUGGGUUGAGAGAUGUUGUUUUCAGUUUUUAGAAAAGUUAGUCUGGUUAUUCAGAAACAGACUUCAGUUAAUGUGAUAUCGUAUGGUUUCCCAUAUCCAUGAUGGCAGAAAGCUUUCAUUGCUACACAGAUUAUAACAUAUGCAGGCCCAGAUUAUUGAUGGCAAAUUGAAUCCUGCAGGAUGGCCCCUCUAGUUUUCCUGAUGGCUAGAAGAGCAUGUGCGGUUGAGAAGUACAUGUGGUAUAAGAUUGUUUCUGAUAGUAUGAAUAACAGAGGUUAAAUGAUUUUGGAAGAUGGAAUUUGUACAACUAAUUGUAAAUGAUGUGGUAAUUUUUUUAAAGAUUGUGUAAGUACCUUUUCAUAUUUCCAGUCUUUUUUAAGCAAAAUGUUUCUAGUCUUUUGGUUCCUUUAAUAACUGAGCUUGUAGUCAAGAUAUUGUUCUGAAAUUUAUACAUUUCUUUUUUAUUUAGCUUAGUGAACAGUGUUUCAGUAAACUAUGAAAUAUUUCAUCUCUAGUGCGUAAAGCAUUCACUUGUUCAGCCAUUUGCCUUACCCAAUUAUAAGCGAAAUUGACCUUGUGUUUCUGUAUAGCACACUGUUACUUCAGAGAUCAUGUGCAAUACAGGUUUGCUAAACGGGUUUGUCCUGAAUGACAUGGAAAUCUUAUGACUCAAUUUAUGCUAAUAGAUCCAAGGACACCUAACUCGAAGAACAGUGGAUGGGAUCACAACAAGCUCAUUGCUACUUGGUGUUACUUUCUUAAUGCAGGGACCUUCCAAUAUAAAUGUUUCAUCUACUUUCAACCUCACCCUUUAUUACCUAACAAUGAUGAUCACAAAAAUGGUAUGACACACCCUAUCUUGUUCUUUGCUGGCUCCAGAGUCUGGUGCCACUCCAUAUAUACAAAGCUGUGGUGCAACAGAGCUCAAGUGCAUUUUCACAUUUACAUAAUGGACAUGAUCCCUGGCACCAAAGGAAAAGUAUGUGUGACGGGUGCCUCUGGCUUUAUUGCUUCAUGGCUUGUGAAGCGACUUCUUGAUUCUGGAUAUCACGUGAGAGGAACAGUAAGAGACCCAGGAGAUUACAAGAAAACUUCACACCUCUGGGAAUUGGAAGGAGCAAGAGAGAGGCUUCAACUUGUGAAGGCUGAUCUCAUGGAAGAGGGCAGUUUUGAUGAGGCUAUCAUGGGAUGCAAGGGCGUCUUCCACAUUGCAUCUCCUGUCCUCAGAGACCACACUGAUCCAAAGGUUGGAAUUUUGGAUCCUGCAAUCAAUGGCACCUUAAAUGUAUUACGAUCAUGCAAGAAGAGCCAAGCACUUAAAAGGGUUGUUCUUACAUCAUCAUCCUCUACAGUGAGAAUAAAAGAGGACAUCAACCCUAAAGUACCCUUGGAUGAGACAUCAUGGAGCUCUUUGGAACUUUGCGAAAGGCUCCAGCUAUGGUAUGCCCUGGCAAAAAUUCUAGCAGAGAAGGCAGCUUGGGAAUUUGCAAGGGAGAAUAACAUUGACCUUGUGACCGUGCUUCCAGCAUUUGUCAUAGGACCCAGUUUGCCCCAUGACUUAUGCCUAACUGCUUCAGAUGUUCUUGGCUUGCUUAGAGGAGACAAUGAGAGGUUUUCAUUGCAUGGCAGAAUGGGAUAUGUUCAUAUUGAUGAUGUUGCACGCUGCCACAUUCUAGUGUAUGAAGAUGCCAAAGCUCAUGGGAGAUACCUUUGCAGUUCUCCUGUUCUUGAUAACCAUGAAUUAGCUGGCAUAAUUGCAAAGCGUUAUCCAUCGUUGCCCAUUCCUAAAAGAUUUAAGAACUACUAUGGAAAGACACCUUACUAUGAGUUCAAUACAUCCAAGCUGCAGGACUUGGGCUUCAUGUUUAGAGGUAUAGAGGAGAUGUUUGAUGACUGCAUCAGAUCGCUCAAGGAACAUGGCUAUCAUCUUGACUGCUAGUCAUUUACGAGAGACUAUUCGAUGUAACAAUGAUAUUAUGGUAAUCAUGGGCUCGGCAAAAUCUUUGAGUAUCCUCUGUGAGGGCUACCUUUUCUUGAAUUCUGAUGUUAUUAAUAAAUGAAUUCUGAAGUA